AUGCUCCAGGCGAUCGGAGGGACAGUCCCCCCGAACACUGAUCAUGCAGUCAGUGUUUCCCUUCCAACAUGGAAGAGCAAUAUCGGAUACGAGGAAGGAGCGGACUGGGUUAUGAGUCGCAUGAAAUGUGGCUAUCCACGGUUUUUUGUGCAUCCUUUGAUCCAGUCCCUCGCAAAAGAGGUCCUACAGCGCGUCGGAAACCCAGAGCUUGAGUCAGCCAUGCUCUUUCCUUCUCUGAAAACCGCAGAGCUAUGUCAAGAGUUCCUACUCUCGAGAAUACCAGCCGGCGAUUCCUCGAAGCCCCGCAUCGCUCGCUUUAUCCCGUCUCCCAAAGCCGCGUCAAGUGGAAACCAAGAUGUGAUAUCAAAGCUAUAUGCGGUGAUUCACUCAAAGAGUUAUGAUGGGAUUUCCAAGCAGGUAUGGCAGCAUGCUGGAAGCGGCGUCUCGAGUCGACGGGGUGAAUUCUGUAUGAACGCGUUGAAGGAUGGCUAUCUCGUGGAAGACAGCGCAGAGACGUCGGGGGCCAAUAGCCCAGUGAUCUCCAAAGGUCCCAAACGUUAUCAACAACGAACAUCUGCAUUUAAGGAAGUUGACCCUGGGCCCAAGACGACGAGUACACCCGAAGGUCGGGAAUAUGCGCAAUUCAUUGAGGAACGAUUCGGCCGUAACCUCGAUGCAAAACUGGAAGAUAAUGCCAAGAGAGCGGUUCGAAGGCGCAUAACAGGUUCUCUGAGAUCUAAUGUUGACCUUAGCGAGGCAUUGGAGAGCAAUACCUCUGAUGGCAGAGUGGCAGGCUUGACCGAAGACGAUGUUUUUCUGUACCCGAAUGGCAUGAACUCUAUAUUCAACACACACCAAAACGUUUUGAGCGCCCGAGGCAGCAAAAGGAGUAUAUGUUUUGGCUUUCCUUACACCGAUACAUUGAAGAUUUUAGAGAAAUGGGGCCCUGGCUGCUUAUUCUACGGUUACGGAUCAGACGAGGAUCUUGAUGACUUGGAAAGGCGUCUAGAACAGGGCGAGAGAUUUUUAGCAUUGUUUACCGAGUUCCCUUCAAACCCAUUGUUAAAAUCUCCGAAUCUGAAACGCAUCCAUGCGCUCGGAAAGAAAUAUGAUUUUGCUAUUGUUGUGGACGAGACUAUCAGCAAUUUUAUCAAUGUGGACGUCUUACCAUAUGCUGAUGUCGUUGUGAGCAGCCUGACAAAGAUCUUCAGUGGCGAUAGCAACGUUAUGGGUGGCAGCGCGGUCCUUAAUCCUCAGGGCCAGUAUUUUCAGGAUCUCAAAUCAGCAUUUCAAUCAAAUUAUGAGGAUAAUUUGUGGGUUGAGGAUGCCGUUUUCUUAGAAAGAAACAGUCGCGACUUCGUAUCCAGGAUCGAGAAAAUCAAUGCGACAACAGAACUUGUCACGGGCAUACUCAAAUCAUCACCUUUAGUGAAGGAUGUCUACUAUCCCAAGCACAGCCCAACAAAUCCUUUCUACGAAGCUUUCAGACAUCCCAGCGGCGGUUAUGGUGGUCUCUUUUCCGUGACGUUUCAUUCAACCGAGGAUGCUAUCAUUUUCUUCGAUACACUCGAGAUCCUGAAGGGCCCUAGCCUAGGAACCAAUUUUACAUUAGGCUCACCAUAUACACUCUUGGCCCAUUACAACGAACUUCCAUGGGCCUCUUCUUUUGAUGUUCCUUUUGAUCUGGUUCGGGUUAGUGUAGGAUUGGAAGACCCGGAAGAGCUUGCACGUCGAUUUCACCAGGCAUUAGACGCAGUGAAGCAAAGGGCUGGGUAG